AUGCGCACUCCUGGGAUUUUGAUUUUCGGGCUGGUCUUGGCACCUUGCGGUUGGAUCUUGGACUUGACGAGCACAGUCGCGCCAAGCUGGCGUACAAUCCAACAUAUCACAAAACAACCUGAAGAUCUGGUGCUGCAACAAGGACUAUGGGACAUAUGCAAGACCUUCACAACAUCCAGGAAUGUGUACUGUAACCAACAGGACAUUGAAUACUUUUCCAACCGAGUGGUCACGACUGGCCAAAAGUUGAUGGUGACGUCUCUGGUGGUCAACCUGAUUGGUAUGGUUGUGGUAGCAGCUGGAGUGAAGUGUUGGAGAAACAGACCACCAGACUGGACUGUGACUGGGGUUGGUGGUUUUCUUAUUUUCUUCUCUGGGAUCCUCACCCUCAUCCCUAUUGCGUGGUUUACCCACAUGCUUCAAGAUAUCAAAGCACCAUCUACAGAUAUCCGUGUUGGUUACUGCAUCGUGGUGGGCUACAUGGGGGGCCUUAUGGAAGUUCUUGGCGGGGGUGCCAUGCUUGCAGGAAUACGUAGAUGUUUUGAUGGGCGGAACCGUGGAGAGAAGCGCAGCAGGAAUACGUUUGGAGCAGUGAUAGCACAGAGGGACAUUGGGAACCAGAACAGCAUGAGCCAGGAACCAUAUCCUGGAGUUUCCUCUCAAGACAAUGUGAACUCCCCACAGAGAAGUCAAGGGAAUGGACUGGUCAACACAUCAUACUCUUAUGAGGCUGAUUUGUGA